AUGAUUGAAACAGCGAUUCGCCACAGUCCCGAAUUGGCGCGGGGACCACUGAAGCAUGAGACGCUUACAGAAUCCCCAAUUCUAACACUGGAUGAGAUGAUCAGGCGGCGGGCGUAUGAGUUACAAGAUAGUCCCUCAUUAUGCUAUCCCAACCAAGGGUUGCUUGACUUUGAAGUUCACAGUGCUCGCAGCAUAGACAGUUAUGCAGACGCUGCUGCUCAAAAGUUACAGGCUUUGGGAUUGCCAGCUAUCGACCCUUCAGCUGAACAACUGCCUGUGGUCGGAAUUUUGGCUCAGUCUGGUCUGCAUUUUGUUAUCACAAUCAUUGCGCUGAACCGUCUCGGAUACACAGCCUUCUUGAUAUCAACACGGCUCGCCAGCCCGGCAGUUGUGCAACUACUCGAGUUGACCAAUUGCAACACAAUCCUCACUACACCCAAUUCCGACAAAGUUCUGGAUGAGGUUUCUCAGACACGAGGCAUAAAACGUUUCCCGAUGUUGGCGCAAUCUGACUAUUACGGGGUGCAGGCCCCGCGCUAUUCACGAGGAUACAACGCCAAGCAGGAGAGCAGCAAGAUAGCAGUCAUCUUACACUCCUCAGGGUCGACUGGAUUGCCAAAGCCAAUAUUCCUGUCCAACCGCGCAUGCAUCGGGUCGUUUGCGGUGAAUAUGGACAUGAAAGGGCUCCUGACAAGUCCCUUGUUCCACUCGCAUGGUUUCUACGAAGUAUUCAGGGCGAUAUACUCAAAGAAACCCUUGUACCUCGCAAAUUACUCGUUACCUUUGACGAGCCAGAAUCUCUUGAGUAUCCUCGAUUAUACGAAGCCUGAAAUCUUCCACUGCGUUCCUUACAUCAUCAAGCUCUUGUCCGAAAGCGACGACGGCAUUCAAGCCCUGGCCAAGGUAGGUAUGGUACUUUUUGGCGGCAGCAGCUGUCCUGAUGACUUGGGAGAUGCACUCGUGAAGAAAGGGGUCAAUCUUGUAGCCAACUACGGCGCGACUGAAACAGGGCGAAUACUGAACUCAGCUCGACCGGUGGGGGACCUCUACUGGAACUAUUUGCGCAUACUUCCAGUUGCACGACCAUAUGUGGUGAUGGAUGAGAUCGCGCCAGGCCUACACGAGUGCGUUGCUCUAGAUGGGUUACCCUCUAAAAGCACCACUAACUCUAACGACCCACCUCGGUCAUUUCGAACGCGAGAUCUCUUUGCACCACACCCCACAGAACCUGGACUCUGGAAAUACGUCUCUCGUCUCGAUGACCGCUUCACCUUGGUGAAUGGAGAGAAGGUCCUGCCACUACCAAUCGAAGGCCGCAUUCGCCAGGAGGAAUUCGUGAAAGAGGCUGUUGUUUUUGGAGAAGGUAGAUCCUAUCCUGGCGUUUUGGUCAUGAGAGCGGCUAGGGCGGCUGGUAUCUCGGAUGAGGGAUAUCUCGAUCUGGUCUGGCCUGCGGUACAAGCCGCGAAUGCCAAAGCCGAGACUUUUGCCCACAUUCCCCGCGAGUUGAUUGUGGUUCUCCCGGCCAACGCUGAUUAUCCUCAGACGGACAAGGGCACGUUUAUCAGAGUACCCACUUACCAACGCUAUGAAAAUGAGAUCAACGCGGCUUACGAAGAAUACGAGAAUGAAGAAGGUGGCACGCUGAAGCUCGCAGGGGCAGAUCUUGAAGAAUUUUUACGCAGCAAACUAUACAAGCAGACUGGUGUAGAGCUACCGAUCGAAGCAGACUUCUUCGCCUCCGGUAUCGAUAGUCUCCAGUGUAUUCAAAUGUGGAAAACGAUUCGCAGUGAGCUGGAUCUUGGUGGUCGUCACGAAGAAUUAGGGCAAAACAUCCUUUAUGAGACGGGCACCAUUCAAAAGCUUGCGCGCCGUAUCCAGUCACUACAAGAAGGAACAUCAAUAUCAUCAGUCGAUGAGCUGACAACUGUGCUGGAGUUGAUUGACAAGUAUUCAAUCUUCACUCCGCACCGCGGUGGCAUUGGGUCUCAGCCAUCAAAAGAAGUCAUUUUACUGACUGGUGUCACUGGCGGCCUCGGAGCACAUCUUCUUGCACAACUGGUUGCACUCCCGAAUGUCUCAGCGGUAUGGGCACUGGUGCGCGCAAAUGACAGUGCGGCCGCACUGAACCGGAUUCACGACGCUCUGUCGAGUCGUGGCCUCAAUCUCGACCCUGAAGCUCAAUCAAAGGUAGUCGCGAUAGCGAGCGACAUGAGCUCAGCCAACUUCGGACUCGACGAGACGCAACUUGCAUCACUGAAGUCCAGCCUCACGUUGGCGAUACAUAGCGCUUGGGCCGUGAACUUUAAUAUACCCGUGCAAAGUUUCGAGGACCAACACAUCAAGGCAACACACAACUUGAUACAGUUUUGCCUGUCUACAGAAACUUCAAACCCAGCGCGGUUCUUCUUCUGCUCCUCGGUAGCAGCAGCAGGUGGGACACCUAAGCCUGCGGUGGUGGCAGAGGGCCCAGUCCUUCAACCUGAAUAUGCACUGAGCCACGGUUAUGGCCGCUCGAAGUAUGUUGCGGAGCACAUUACUCUCAAUGCUGCCAGAAACUUCAACGCGCCUGCGAGAGUCCUGCGCAUUGGGCAACUAGUGGGCGAUACAAGUAAUGGUGAAUGGAACACGACAGAGGGCAUACCAUUGAUGAUACAAACCGCCGUCACACUCGGGGCACUACCAGAACUUGAAGAGGAAAUGAGCUGGCUACCAGUGGAUUUUGCUGCUUCCGGCAUAAUAGAUCUAAGUGGUGUGAAACCAAAAUCCCCUCUCAGAACUCUCAGCGACGUUAUCUUCGAUACUGAUCUAGUAUACCAUGUAAUCAACCCUCAUCGCUUCCAUUGGACUCGCAACCUGCUGCCGUCGCUUAAGCAGUCGGGUCUAGAUUUUCAGUCUCUUCCGACGGAGGAAUGGAUGGAAAAGCUGAGGAGCUCUGACAAAGACCCUGCCAAGAACCCCCCAAUAAAGCUGUUGGACUGGUUCGAAGGCAAAUACGGCGCAGGGGCGCGCGCUCGGCCCAGCGGAAGUUUGACACACCAAACUGACGCAACACAGCGCGAUAGCGAAACGCUGCGCAAUGUUCCUGAUGUUACAGACGUCAAAUUUGUUCAACUACUAAUCCAGAAGUUACGUGAACGAUGGGAUAAACAAUAA